GUACUGCGUAUGCGUAGUAGACAUCGUAGCAAUCUAGCUCUAGCAAUCGUAGUGUGCUCCACUCAGCUCCACUCGGAGCUCGUGCGUAUGCAUAUGCGUAAUAAAAAUGUUUGUUUAUAGUUGAUAAUUGUUCUGAUAACGCUAAACAUGAUGGAUUAUGAAUUUAAGAUGAGAACGCAAAAAGACCGCACAAAGGUCGAGGAUCUAUUCGAGUUCGAAGGAUGCAAGGUUGGAAGAGGUACUUACGGGCAUGUAUACAAAGCCCGUAGGAAAGAAGGUGUUUCAGAUAGCGAACUGAAGUCUCGGCCUGAUACAAAAGACUUUGGCCUUAAGCAAAUUGAGGGUACAGGGCUGUCAAUGUCUGCAUGUCGAGAAAUUGCUCAUAUAAUUAAAUUUCAUAGAGCAGCAAAAGCUAAUAAGAAACCAGUAAUGGUGCCGAAAGGCAUGGUCAAAUCCUUGUUAUAUCAAAUUUUAGAUGGUAUUCAUUAUUUACAUUCCAACUGGGUACUUCAUAGAGAUUUGAAACCGGCAAAUAUCUUAGUAAUGGGUGAAGGAAAUGAACGGGGACGUGUGAAAAUUGCAGAUAUGGGCUUUGCUAGAUUAUUUAAUGCUCCUCUUAAACCUUUAGCGGAUUUAGAUCCCGUUGUAGUUACAUUUUGGUAUAGAGCUCCAGAAUUACUUUUAGGUGCCAGACAUUACACAAAAGCUAUAGAUAUAUGGGCGAUUGGCUGCAUAUUUGCGGAACUUUUAACAUCUGAACCUAUAUUUCAUUGUAGACAAGAAGACAUUAAAACUAGUAAUCCAUACCAUCAUGAUCAGUUAGAUAGGAUAUUCAAUGUGAUGGGAUUUCCAUUGGAAAAAGAUUGGGAGGAUAUCAAAAAGAUGCCAGAGCAUCCCACAUUACUCAGAGAUUUUAAGAGAUCUAAUUAUGCAAACUGUUCACUUACCAAAUACAUGGACCGGCACAAGAUCAAACCUGAUAGCAAGGCAUUUAAUUUGUUACAAAAACUACUGAUGAUGGAUCCAAACAAACGUAUUACAUCUGAGCAUUCUAUGCAGGAUGCCUACUUCCAAGAGGAGCCACUGCCAACACAGGACAUAUUCGCCGGAUGCCCUAUCCCAUAUCCCAAGAGAGAAUUUCUCACAGAUGACGAUACCGAAGAAAAGACUGAAAACAAAGCGAGGCAAAAUCAGCAACAAACGCAACAGCAGAAUCAACAGCAACAAGGUAACGGCGAUCACAAUCACGGGCAGAACGCGAAACGGGUGAGACUGAACGGGCCGCAUGGUGCUCCUGAGUUCCAUCAGCACCAAAGCCACGCGAUGACCCAUCAGCAACCACCAGGGAUGGUUUAUUCGACGGCUCAGCCAACGCAACCGUCGAACUUUCAUCAACGUUUUUAAUUUUGUCACGAGUAAUCAGAUUCGAUGGGACGAAAUCAGGCUGGAACUUAAAUUCUCACUAAUGCAUUAAUUAAAUUCAUUAAUCCUGUCAAAUAAAAAAACGAUUAGUCCGUGUA